AUGACGGCUUGCAUCGACACUUGCCGAACUGGCAAACCCCAGAUCUCUCGCGAUUCAAACAAAUCUCACGACGACGAUGAAUCAGGCUUCCGUUACAUGAAUUACUAUCGAGUUUCUCGACCUCCUCCUUCUUCUUUCAAUCAGACGAAAACCCUCCACACAACACGUCCUUUGAUUGAAGAUUCCGAAAUCGAUCAUCUCUGGGCCAAAAUCAGAGAAGAAGCUAAAUCUGACAUCGAGAGAGAACCAAUCGUUUCUGGGUAUUAUCAAGCUUCGAUUGUUUCGCAGAGAUCGUUAGAAGCGGCGUUAGCGAAUACCUUAUCGGUUAAACUCAGCAAUUUGAAUCUUCCAAGCAACACGCUUUUCGAUUUGUUCAUCGGUGUUCUCGAAGAAAACCCAGAAAUCAUUGAAUCUGUGAAGCAAGAUCUGUUAGCUGUCAAGGAGAGAGACCCAGCUUGUAUAAGCUACGUCCAUUGUUUCUUACAUUUCAAGGGCUUCCUCGCUUGUCAAGCGCAUCGAAUCGCUCAUGAGCUAUGGACGCAGGACAGGAAAAUCCUUGCUUUGUUGAUUCAGAACAGAGUAUCUGAAGCUUUCGCUGUUGAUUUUCACCCUGGGGCUAAAAUCGGAACCGGGAUUUUGCUCGAUCACGCGACGGCGAUCGUGAUUGGUGAGACGGCGGUUGUGGGGAACAAUGUUUCUAUUCUUCAUAACGUUACGCUUGGAGGAACGGGGAAACAGUGUGGAGACAGGCAUCCGAAGAUUGGAGAUGGGGUUUUGAUUGGAGCUGGGACGUGUAUUUUGGGGAAUAUCACGAUUGGAGAAGGAGCUAAGAUCGGUGCUGGCUCGGUGGUGCUGAAGGAUGUGCCGCCGCGUACGACGGCUGUGGGGAAUCCGGCGAGGUUGCUUGGUGGUAAAGAUAAUCCGAAAAAGCAUGACAAGAUUCCUGGUUUGACCAUGGACCAAACAUCGCAUAUAUCCGAGUGGUCGGAUUAUGUAAUCUGA